GGCUUGUCACCUUGCUAAGCAGGCAUUUGAUGAAGCAAUCUCUGAGUUGGAUACUCUGAGUGAGGAGUCAUACAAAGACAGCACCCUAAUUAUGCAGCUUUUGAGGGACAACCUCACCUUGUGGACUUCUGACAUCCCUGAUGAUGGAGAAGAACAAAAGGUGGAUUCUGCCCGAGCUGCUGGAGGUGAAGAUGCAUAG